AAUCUGAGAAUAAAGGAAACUGCGAGGAAAAGGGAAGCUCUUUUUUCUGGCACAUUAGUUUCCACUUGGUGUGCUUUUUACAUUUCAUUCAUUCACUUUUUUUCACUCUGCUCUCUCCCUCUCCCUCUCCCUCUCCCUCCUUGCUCAACCUGUUUAUCUGAACUGGGCAGGGCUCGAUAUACUCACAGCACAGGGGGAGGGCCUUGUCUGCUUUCAAUCAAUAACCUCUGGAAUUCAGAAAUACAAGUCGGUCCUGUCCCUGGCAGGCUGCACCACACUCUUGAGGGCGGGCUCCCAGGCACACUCGACGGAAUCUCUAUCUGCUCCUGGCACUCUCUGUCUGUUCCCGCAGGUCUGACUGUGUUUGGAGCCCAUCGCGAUGGCUGACCACACGUCUCCAGAUUAUUUCAGCUGCUCCCUGUGUGUGAACCUACUGAAGGACCCCGUGGCUAUCCCCUGUGGCCACAGCUUCUGUAUGGACUGCAUCAGUGGCUACUGGAACGAGGCCGACUACACAGGGAUUUACAUUUGUCCCCAGUGUAAGAUCACAUUCACCCAGAGGCCGGUGCUGCGGCCCAACGCCACCCUGAGCAUGGUGGCUGAGAAGAUCAAGAAGAGCGGCCUCAACCUUAACCUCAACACGUCCCAGGGCAACAUCUAUGCCGGACCGAGCGACGUCCCCUGUGACUUCUGCUCUGGGAAGAAAUUAAAGGCUGUGAAGUCCUGUCUUAACUGUCUGGCAUCCUACUGCGAGAAGCACCUGAAGCCACACUACGAGUCAGCCACGUUCAAGCGGCACAAGCUGGUGGAUGAGCUGGGAAACCUGGACAGGAAGAUCUGCCCGCAGCACCAGAAGCCCCUGGAGCUCUUCUGUCGAACGGACCAGAUGUGUAUCUGUGCUAUCUGCACAGUCAGUGAACACAGGGGCCAUGACAUUGUCUCUGCUGAGGCAGAGAGGGGAGAGAAACAGAAACUCUUGGGAAUCUCCCAAGCUGAGAUUAAACAGAAAUGCCAGGAGAGGGUAAAGGAGCUGGACGAGCUGAAGACUUCUGUGGAUUCAUUGAAGAACUCGGCCCAGAGAGCCAUGGUGGAGAGCCAGAAGAUGUUCGAGGACAUGAUCCGCUCCAUUGAGAGGAUGAGGUCAGAGGUGACCAAGCUGAUCGGUAUCAACGAGAAGGCUGCUUUCAACCAGGCCGAGGCUUUGAUCGAGCGGCUGGAACAAGAGAUCGAUGAACUGAAGAAAAAGGAGACCGGCCUCAAGCAGCUGUACAGCACUGACGACCACAUCCACUUUUUGCAGAACUUCAACUACCUCUGCACCCCCACCGAUGACGGCUUCAUACCCAGAGUGACGGUGAACCCUGACUUCUCCUUCGGGUCUGUCAGGAAAGCUGUGGCUGAGAUCAAGGACCGCCUGGAGGAGUUUGGCAAAGAGGAGCUGCUUAAGAUCUCCAAGUCAGUGAAUGAGGUCCCAGUGUACACCACAGAAAGUCGAACAUUGGACAGAAGGAGCAGAGGCAAAGAAAUGGUGGACAACGCUCCUUCGUCUCCUCCAGAGCCAAAGAGCAGAGCAGAUUUUGUGAAAUACUUCUGCCAGCUCAAAAUGGACCCGAUCACAGCCUACAAGGAGCUGUACGUCUCUGAAAACAACAGAAAAGUCAUCCGCACCAGGGACCUGCAGCCCUACGGAGACAACCCGGAGAGGUUUGACAGCUUCGCCCAGGUGCUGUGCCGAGAGGCCCUGUCCGGAGGCCGCUUCUACUGGGAGAUCGAGUGGAGUGGGGAGUUCUCCAUCGGGGUGGCCUACAGGAGCAUCAGCCGGAAGGGCAAAGGCUCGCUGUGUCUGCUGGGCUACAACGACAAAUCCUGGAGUCUGCUCUGCUCCGACACAGGCUACUCCGCCUGGCACAACCGGGUGGACAAGGCCGUCAGCGGCCCCCACUCCCCGAGGAUAGGCGUGUACCUGGACCACUCUGCGGGCGUGCUGGCAUUUUACAGCAUAGGCAACUCCAUGAGCCUCCUGCACAGGUUUGAGACCACAUUUGUUGAGCCCCUCUAUCCGGGCUUCGGAGUUGGAACCUCAGUCAAGAUCUGCAAUGUCAAGUGAACCCCAAUAUUUAAGCUCUCAUUUGAAAAUCUGAAAGUAUCUUCCAUGUUUCUCAUAAUAUACAGCAGUGCUUUUGGAAUAUAUAUUUUUGCAAUAUUUUAAAACUGUACCAAACCACAUUAAUGAAGUUAUAUCGUCCAAUGUGUAUACACUUUUUUUUUAACGCUACACAUCACAUAUAUUACAGUUUGCGUUGUGCUUUCAAAUCACAUUUUCAUAUGUUUUUUAAGACAUUAUUGAAAUAUAUAAUUACUACUUAAUCACACAAGUACAAUAUAAAGUGUUUUAGCAUCUGAUCAGAACUGCUGGAUAAUAUUAUAUCAUGUCGGUAUUACCCAUUUACUUCAUAAAGGGUGCGGCAUAUCUCAAGUGAUGAUGUAAUUAUAAGUCGUAAUGGAUGUACCCUGAGAUAAGGAACAUUUUAUUAUGAUAGGUCAUUCCAUUGUGGGCCACUAUCAUUGCAUAAGUCAUUUAAAAUGUAUUGCACCCUUGUGAUCUGUAUGAGUCAAUAACAUUCGUGUUGGUGCAUCAGGAUUAGUAUUAUUAUGGUUUCAAGACAUUCAAAGGAAUAUUUCAUGUUCAUUUCAUUUUGUCAUGUUUUGAUAUUAUCGGAGUUGCUGAGAGUCGUUACUGGUUUUUUUUUCACUUGAACUAACCCUUAUUUAAUUUGUAUGUGUGUUUACCUAUGGACAACCAGAGUAUAAUUGAUAUCACAAAAUGACUUGUUUUGUAACAAAAUGAUUCAUUGGUAGUUCUAAAUAAAGAGCUAAAUGAAUGAAUUCA